UUUUGGUAAUUUAUAUCUAAUAACAUCCUUAAUGAAAAAGAAGAUUAUGUUUAUUGUUCCUCCAAAAUUAUAAAUACAAGGGAAUGAUAGCGAGGACACUAAAGAAGGAUGUUAAUGUUAAAAAACGAAAUGUCUAAAAUUAUACUGUUAAUGCUUUCAUGAUGGAAAAUGUUGUGGAUAAUCAUGUGGUUGUAAUGGUUGUAAAAAUAGUUUAAAUGAUUAUCUUGAAAGAAAUAAAGCUAUUGGGAAGAUAAUUCACAAGUAUAAAGAUGAUUAUAAAUAAAAAUUAUCAGGUGAUAAGGGUUAGGGUUGUUGUUGUAAAAAAAGUAAAUGCAAACUUAACUAUUGUGAAUGUUUUAUCAAAGGCAGAGCAUGUGGUGAGUAAUGUCAUUGCAAAAAAUGUGAAAAUGGAAAAAAAUAAAAUAAAUAAAAUUGCAUAAUUAAAGAGGAAAGGAUAUUAAAUUGUUAAAACAAUCAAACAGGCUGAA